GUAGCGCUCGAAGCGCUCGGUGAGCUCCGUCGUCGCGUCGUCCAUGUUGUGCGGUCGGUGUGGUCGAGGACGCGACCAGACGCGUCGACGCGUUGUGCAUGGUUAAAGUGGUGCGCUAGUGCCAAUGGGGCUAGCGCUGGACGGCUGCAGGGACAGGGGCAGUCGGACACGAUGUGGAUCCUCCCGUGCUAUAAUUCCCACGUGCCGACGAUUCCCACGACUGCUUCAGCGCUCACCAGUCCGCCCGUGCUCGAUUCCCACGACUGCCUCCCGUCCGACCGUGUCACGACUCCGACUACUUUGGCGCUCCACACCCAGCGCCAACAUGACGACAAUGGGCCCCAUCGCCGAGCCGGCGCCGAGCAGCACGCCCGCACCGCCAGCAGCGCUCACCGCCGAACAGCAGACCAAGUACGACGAGCUCCUCGGCGCAGUGCGGGCCUGGGAGUCGCUGCCCGUCACGGCGGCAAAGGGCGCCGAGCUGACGCCCCUCGACGAUGGCGAGCGCAUGUGGCUGACCCGCGAGUGUCUGCUGCGGUACCUGCGCGCGACAAAGUGGAACCCCACACAAGCCGCGACGCGUCUCGGCGCAACGGCAGUCUGGCGGCGCGAGUUUGGCACCGAGAAGCUCUCCGCCGCGUACAUUUCGCCCGAGAACGAAAAGGGCAAGCAGGUCCAGCUCGGGUUCGACAAGGCCGGGCGGCCGUGCCUGUACCUGCUGCCGCAGAACCAGAACACCAAGCCCGGGCCGCGACAGGUCGAGCACCUGGUCUACAUGCUGGAGCGCACCAUUGACCUGCACCCGCCGGGCCAGGAGAGCCUCGCGCUGCUGAUCGACUUCCGCAACACCUCCUCGGGCGGCACGCCGGGGCUCGGCAUCGCGAAGCAGGUCCUCGACAUCCUGCAGAACCACUACCCGGAGCGCCUCGGCCGCGCCCUGCUGACCCACCUGCCGUGGUACGUCUCCAUAUUCCUCAAGGCCAUCAACCCCUUCAUCGACCCGGUCACCAAGGAGAAGAUCAAGUACAACGAGCCCCUCACCGACCACGUCCCGGCCGAGCAGCUCAUGGCCGCCUCAGGCGGCGCCGUCGACUUCAAGUACGACCACGACGUCUACUGGCCUGCGCUGGAGAAGCUGGCCGCCGACCGCCGCGCGAGGAGGGUCGGGCGUUGGGAGCAGGCCGGCAAGCUAGUAGGCGAGAGCGAGGUGUACCUCUGGGGCGGCGACGAGCAGAGUGUUGGUGCAGCCACCCCUGCUGUUGGUGCAGCCACCUCUGCUGUUGGUGCAGCCACCUCUGCUGUUGGUGCAGCCACCCCUGCUGUUGGUGCAGCCACCCCUGCUGUCGGUGCAGCCACCUCUGCUGUUGCUGAGGAGCAGAGUGAGGCAGUCAAGGCGCCGCAGCCGACCGGCACAGCUGCUGCUGUUGAUGGGGAGCAGAGCGUCGGUGCAGCUGCCGCCGUUGGCUCGGAGCAGAGCGUCGGUGCAGCUGCCGCGCCGCAGCCAACCACCACAGCGACCGCUGCCGUCGACGAAACCGCGCCGCUCAGCGACUCAGCAGCCGUUCCGCCGCCGGUGCACGCACCCAGCGCAAGCGGCGACGCAGCACUAGCCGCCGACGUCGCGAAGCUGCAAGUCAAGGACGCCGAGGCUCCCACGCCUGCCGUUCAACCUGCAGUCUGAUUCCUUACAUGGCAUUUGAAUACUAAGCGAUUGCAUCAUAGAUAGACAUGGAUGUAAGAUAUAUGAAUCCUUGCCCGCAGGCUGAAGACUGCCCGAGAAAGAAAGAAAGAAAUGAAGUAGUCUACGCACUCCCUCGUGCACAGCUCCACACCCCGACGCGUGAAUUGACAACAGGAACGUCUCUGCGCGGAUACUCCAGAAUGCGGCGGCGAAUGCGAAUGCGGCGGCGAAUGCGAAUGCGGUGGCGAAUGCGAAUGCG